AUGAAUGUUGAGGAGGGAACGCCGUGCGGCGGGAGGCAGGGAGUUGUCUCUUACACUCUCUCCCCUGAAACAAUCGAGGCAUUGAAGACUCCAACCUUUGACGUCUGGCAGUGGGCUCCGAAUGAGAUGCUGAGCUGUCUGGAGUACAUGUAUCACGGGCUGGGCCUGGUCCGGGACUUCAAUAUCAACCCCAUCACACUCAAACGUUGGCUGUUAAACGUCCAGGAGAAUUACAAGGACAAUCCCUUUCACAAUUUCCGUCAUUCGUUCUCGGUUACUCAAAUGAUGCAUGGCCUGGUCUACCUCUGUGAGCUCCAGGGGAUGAGAGAGCUGAUCCUCGCCACAGACAUGGAGAGACACAAGGAUAUCAUGUCUGACUUCUCGCAGUGUGUAGAGGUCUUUAACUUCACAAAUCCAGAACAUGUAAGACUGCUUGAGCAGAUUCUAAUUAAAUGUUGUGACACUUCGAAUGAGGUGCGGCCUCUGCAGGUUUCAGAUCCGUGGGUCGACUGUCUGUUGCAGGAGUAUUUCAUGCAGGGUGACAGAGAGAAGGCGGAAGGUUUACCUGUGACACCGUUUAUGGAUCGGGCGAGAGUUUCUAAACCACACACACAAAUCAUCUUCAUCACCUCCAUCCUUGUCCCAAUGGUCGAAUCUCUGAGCAAGCUGUUUCCACAGCUGGAUGAUGUGCUCCUGUCUCCUCUGAAGGCCACACGAGAUGAAUACCAGCUAUGGAAUGAGGAGAGGAACCAAUUGGAGCCGUUACCCGGGACCCCCGUGAUCCAAAUCUCCAUCUGAGACCGCC